AUGUCAACUCCAGUUUAUUUCAGUAAAUUUAUUGUAACCAAUCAAGUGUUUUAUAAAACCAAAUAUACAUAUGCAUUAGUCAAUUUAAAGCCAAUUGUCCCAGGCCAUGUAUUAGUGGUACCUCUUAGACCAAGUGCCUAUACUUUGAGUGAUUUGUCAUUCGAAGAAUCUCAAGAUUAUUUUAAUACACUACAGCUAAUUCAACGUUUCAUUUCAUGGUUUUAUAAAUCAGAUGCAUUGAAUAUAGCCAUACAAGAUGGACCUGAAGCUGGCCAAUCUGUCCCACAUUUACAUGCACAUAUAAUACCACGUUACAAGUUUCACAAUUAUGGCGAUCAAGUAUAUGAUAAAAUUGAAACAUGGGGUAAAGAAAAUGACAUUAAUAAUUGGGAAAAAAGACGUCAAGAAUAUUUAGAUAUUGGUGGUAGAGAAGGUAGAAAACAAUUAGCUAAGCCAGAUGCUCAAAGAGUAGAAAGGACAGAUGAAGUAAUGCUUGAAGAGGCUAAGGAAUUAUUUGAGAAGUUACGAGAAUUCAUUGAUCAAUCUCAAGACAACAAACAGUGGACUCUCUAA